AUGAUUAUCAAUCUUUAAGUGCCUGCUGAAGUAUACAAAAAAAGCAACCCGGAAGCGUUGAAAAAAUUUCAAGUGACUGGAACUGGUGAUAAUGCUAAUGAUGAUGAUGAUGAUGAUACGGAUGAAGAUGAUGAUGAUGAUGAUGAUGAUGAUGAUGAUGAUGAUGAUGAUGAUUCGGAUGACUCGGGUGACUUAGAUGAUAAUAAUGAUAGUUCAGGUGAUGAGGAUGUUAUUUUCGCAUAUGAUGAAGGUGAUGGUGGUGUUCAUUCGUUAUUUAGGUAUAGGCGACCUAUAGGUCAUACGUUCGAACCCAUCAGCAUCACCAUUCGUAGUUUAAUGCGGGUUGGUCUGUGA